AUGGCUUUAUUCCUAAUUGCUACGGUUAAUUCCGGUAUAAUUCAUAAAUGGUUAAACACUGGAGAUUUAUAUAAUCUGGAAAAAUUAAUUUUACGAGGUCAGGGACAAAAACUUGUUGGAGAAAAAGGAUCAAACGAGUCCAGAGUUCGAAAUUUUUUAAAACAAGUUCCGGAGUAUUUGGAUAAAAUUAAUGAACUUCACGAAGCGGCAUCCGAUGGAAAUUUGGGGGUCCUCGAAAAAGUCGCAGAAGAUAUAGAAAAAGAUAAAAAUUCAAAAAUUUUUGAUAAAAAUAUUUUUUUAAGUCAAGAUCAAAAUGGCGAUGGCCUUUUACACAAAGCUGUUUAUUUUGGUCAUACGAAAAUCGUACAGUUUUUAGUUAAAAAUUAUCCGAAAUGUUUAAAUGUUCAAAAUAAAGAAGGACUUACGCCUCUUCAUCUUUGUGGAGGUUCCAAAGAAGAACCUGGAAAAAUUUGGCAAAUUCUUAUUAAUGCUGGUGCCAAUUCGAGAAUUUUAGAUUUGAAAAAACGCGCCCCAUCAUAUUACAUGCAACAACCAAACGAAUUAGUUUUUCCAGUUAUGAGAGGUGCUUUUGAAACUUCUUGUAAAAAAAAAAAUAACGAGAACAACAACAACAACAACAACCACAACAACCACUUCGACAAUGAUCCAACCAAUUUAAUUAUUAAACCUUCAAGUUUGAGAAUAUGGAUUCACAAUAAAGAUUUUACAAAAUUACAAAAAGUUAUUUGGGGAGGUCACGGAAAUAAAUUAUUGGUCGAAACAACAAAUGAUCCAGCUAUGAAAAAAUUUUUAGACGGAGUUCCUCACGUUUUAAAUUCGAUAAAAAAUCUUCAUUUAUCCGUUAUUGAUGAUGAUUUUAACGGAUUUGUUAAAAAUAUAUCGUCUGCUCCUUUGGAAAUUUUAGAUAGUCGAGAUAUUAACGGUUUAAAUAUUUUACACAAGGGAUCGGGUCUUAACAGAUGGAAAAUAGUUAAAAAUAUUCUCGAUAUCGAUAAUACGUUGAUUCGUUCGAUAGAUCGAAGUGGCAGAACGGCAUUACAUUAUGCUGCCACGACAUUAAAAAAUGAUAAUCAUUUAUACGAUUUAAUUAUUUCAUAUGGAGCCGAUAAAAAUUCAAUCGAUAACAACAACAAAAAGCCGAUUUAUUAUAAAAAUAAUUUUAAAGAAUUAAUAAAAUUAAUAAAAGUUGUACCCGAUUCUCCCAGAACGUUAAACGCGUUUCCUCCUAACUGGAAUUGGGAACUUUAUAAAUCUCCAGAGUCGAAAAUAAUAACUUUAGAUAAUUUAAACGAUGGAAAUAUUGAAAAUGGCGACUUUGAAACAAAAAAUUCAUACGAAAUGACAUCAACAAUUCCGAAUGGAAAUUUAAAAAUACAAGAUGACGACAUAACCGAAACUGAUGAUGAUGAUGAUAAUAUUGAUAAUAUGAUAUUAAAUGGAAAUUUAGAAGGUUUAGCAUCUCUCGUUCUAAAUGGAGAAGGAGAAAAACUUAUUGGAAAAGUAUCGGAAAAUUCAGACGUACAAUAUUUUUUAGAAAAUGUGCCAUCGUAUUUGAAAAAAAUAAAAAAUGUACACGAUGCGGCAAAAAAUGGAUCGUUAAAAGAAUUAAAAAUUGAACUAGACAGGAGGAAAUUUGCAAUAGCAAAAGAAUCGGGAGAAAAAACAGGAGUCACACCUUUACACGUCGCUGUUUUAAAUCAAAAACAUUCUAUAAUUAAAUAUUUGGGCAAAAGAUUUCCAGAAACAUUAAAUACAAAAGAUAAUUUGGGUCGAACGCCUCUUCAUUAUGCAGCCGUUCUAUCAGACGAUGGUUUCAUUUAUAAAACAUUGACUGAUUUUGGCGGAGAUUUAUAUAUAAAAGAUGACAGGAAUUUCACACCUCAAGAUUAUAAAAAAAAUUCAAAUUUAUUUAAUUAUGAUGAUUUAAUAAAAGAAUUUAUUAAUGUUUCCAAUACACCGACCAAUAAAUUUGAAACUGAACAAGGAGCUGAAAUUGAAAUUAUUACUUCUCCAGAACAUUUUCCUACAGGAGAAAUAAAUGAUGAUGAUGAUGAUGAUGAUAAUGAAACGAUUGAAAAAAAUGGAUUUGCAACAGCGAAUCGAGACGAAUUCGGACAAAGCAUAUUACAUUUUGCUGCGGCUAGAGCAAAUGGUAGAAAUGGUUUUUUUCAAUUGAUACAAGAAACUAGUUUGAAUUUGGGUUUUAGAGAUGAACUUUAUAGAACAGCCAGAGAUGUGGCCGUUCAAGCAAAUUUACAACAAAACGUUCAAGAAAUCGAUAAAUACGUUAUCAGUUUAGCUGCAAAAGGAGAAACAGAAAAAAUAAAAGAAUUAUUUUUAGAAGGUUACGAUCAUAUAAUUGAUUUAAAAGAUGAAGAUGGUAUUAAUAUAUUAGAUAUAGCAACACAAAGGACACAAAAUGAAGAAGCUGUGGAUUUUUUAAAACGUAUUCCAGAAUUUGAGAUCGACAGAGAUCAAAUUCACGAUGCAAUAAGAAUAGGAAAUCAUAAAUUGGUUCAAGAUAUUGGAAACAAAUCGAAAAGAGGAAAAUUUGCAAUUUUGGGUAAAAAUAAAUAUGGAAGAUGUUCAAUACACAUCGCCGUUUUAUGCCAACAAAAAGAAAUUAUGGAUUAUUUAGCUGGAAAAUUUUCGGAAUGUUUACGCAUCGGAGACAACCUCGAAAGAACGGCUUUACAUUACGCGAUGGGUUUAAAAGAAGUUGAAAUUUUAAGUGAAAUAUUAAUUAAAUUUGGAGCCGAAAGAAUUUCAAAAGAUCUCAAAGGAAGGCAACCAACGUAUUAUUUUAUCAACAAAACGGAAAUCCUUCAACUUCAAGAAGAAGAAGCAUUUUAA